UAUGCCUUCCUUGGAUGUGUUAGCUUUUCUCCAGUGUCAUACCCUAACACACGUUACCCGCUACCACCACAGUUCAUUGCAGGUCAAGGUUGUAAUCUGGAAUUUUCAGAAUGUAAACAUAACCUC